AACUGUGACGAGCAGUCUUUGCAAUUUUCUCCGUCUUACAGUUAGUGUGAUGUGUAAAAUCGACACUGUGAGGUUGAUUUUGAGCGAAGCUUGUUCUUUUUUUGGUGAAAGAUGGAAUUGAGUGAUGCGCUUAAUUGUGGUGUCAGAGUGAAAGAUGAACAUAGUGAUAUGUCGCUGAUCGAGGAUAAUUCGGACGUAACUGAUGAGAAACCAGAUCUCAAAAACUUCCAACUCUUGCCAUUACUUAAACAAAAAUCAACCCACACGCUUCGAAAUUGUGACAAAAAUUAUGAAAGCGAUCUUGAUGACAAAAUGAAAAUAGUUUUUGAAUGUCAAGAUGUGAAGCCCAACAUUAAUUUAUCAAAAGUUAAAAAAUCUGACAAUGAUUUUCAAAAUCACUUGCGGAAUGUCAAAGAUAUCGAUGGUAAUACAACUCAAGACAACUUUAAAAUAAAACCCGUGGGUGAAGUUAAACAAGAAUUUGUUAAUAAUGUGGAGGAAGAAUCAAAUUUGAAGUUCGACCGUAAAUUUGUUGAACAGAAUAAAAAGAGAAGAAUUACAAAAAAACCCAAGAAAGAUCAUAACCUCAAAAAACACACCAAUCCGGCUCAUCGCGAUACCUUGCCUACUUGUGGUAUAUGCGGAAAGAAGAGCACAACAAAGGGUAAUCUCAAAAAACACAUCGACUCGAUGCACAGUGGUAUCAAACAUGAGUGUGAUGUAUGUGGCAAGACAUUUUCAUUAAAAAAUAAUCUUAAAGUCCACAUUGAUGCAGUGCAUAAUGGUAUCAAGUAUCCAUGUGCUAUUUGUGGGAAACAUUUUUCAACAAAGAAUUAUCUAAAAAGACACAUAAAUUCGGUGCACAAUAAAAUAAUUCAUGCAUGCGAUACAUGCGGAAAGAAAUACUCACGCAAGGGUGAUCUCAAGAAACACACCGACGUGGCGCACAAUGGUGUCACUUUUGCAUGUGAUAUUUGCAGAAAAAAAUAUGCAUAUUAUUCCAGUCUUAAAUACCACAUUGAUACGGUACAUAAUAAAAUUAUUCAUGAAUGUGAUAUUUGCGGAAAGAAGUACUCAAAGAAGAGGGAUCUCAAGAUACACAUCGUUACGGUGCAUAAUGAUGUUAGACAUGCAUGUGAUAUUUGCGGAAAAAAAUACUCCCAGAAGAGGUGUCUCAAGAGACACAUCGAUGUGGCGCACAAUGGUGUCACACAUACUUGUGAUAUAUGCAAAAAGAAAUUCUCCACCAGAGGUAAUCUAAAAAUUCACAUCGAUUCGGUGCACAACGGUGUCACACAUAUUUGUGAUAUAUGCAAAAAGAAAUUCUCCACUCGCGGUAAUCUAAAAAUUCACAUCGAUUCGGUGCACAAGGGUGUCAGACAUGCAUGCGAUAUUUGUGGCACGACAUUUUCACAAAAGAGUAAACUCAAAAACCACAUUGAAUCAGUCCAUAAUAAUGUCAAACAUGCAUGCGACAUAUGUGAAUUGAAAUUCACCUUUAAGCGUAAUCUCAAAGUUCACAUCGAUGCAGAUCACAAUGGUAUCAGCCAUGCAUGCAAUGUGUGCAAAAAAACGUUUAAACAUAAGAAUAAUCUGACUAGGCACGUUCAAUCAGCGCAUAAUCGUGUCAGACAUUCACGUGAUAUUUGCGGAAAAAAAUAUACAAUAAAGUGUAAACAUAAAGCCCCCGUUAAUUCAGUGCAUCACUCACUCAUUUCAACUUGAUGAACAAAUCAAA